GACAGAGACGAGCAGGAAGUGGUUCCAAGGGUUUUGGAUCCUGCUGUUGAGGAGGCGGUGACGGCUGCGGCGGUGGCAGCAGGGCGGGUGUGUGGCUGGAUUCAGCUUUAAAAUUUGGAGAGAAGAUUCUCUUCAUGGUGCAUGGACGGAAAGCCAAUGCGCAGGUGUACCAGCACUCGACCAGGAGAGACUGGAAUGGAUGUAACAAGCCGCUGUACCCUUGGAGACCCCAACAAGCUUCCAGAAGGGGUUCCCCAGCCUGCUCGCAUGCCCUAUAUCUCCGACAAGCAUCCUCGGCAAACCUUAGAAGUAAUCAACCUUUUACGGAAGCACCGAGAACUGUGUGAUGUGGUCCUAGUUGUGGGUGCUAAGAAGAUUUAUGCCCAUCGAGUAAUUUUGUCAGCCUGUAGUCCCUAUUUUCGAGCCAUGUUUACAGGAGAACUAGCAGAAAGCCGUCAGACUGAGGUAGUAAUCAGAGAUAUUGAUGAAAGGGCCAUGGAGCUGCUGAUUGACUUUGCAUACACCUCCCAGAUCACAGUGGAAGAGGGCAAUGUUCAGACCCUUCUACCAGCUGCUUGCCUCCUUCAGCUGGCAGAAAUCCAGGAAGCCUGCUGUGAAUUCUUAAAGAGACAGCUAGACCCAUCCAACUGCCUAGGCAUUAGAGCUUUUGCAGAUACUCAUUCAUGCCGUGAGCUUUUGAGGAUUGCAGACAAGUUCACCCAACAUAACUUUCAAGAGGUGAUGGAAAGUGAGGAGUUUAUGCUGCUUCCAGCCAACCAACUCAUUGAUAUUAUAUCCAGUGAUGAACUAAAUGUUCGAAGUGAAGAACAGGUUUUCAAUGCUGUGAUGGCAUGGGUUAAAUACAGUAUUCAAGAAAGACGGCCCCAACUUCCACAGGUGCUGCAGCAUGUUCGGCUACCUUUGCUUAGUCCCAAGUUCCUGGUGGGUACAGUAGGCUCUGACCCCCUCAUUAAAAGUGAUGAAGAAUGCAGAGAUCUGGUGGAUGAAGCUAAAAAUUACCUUUUAUUGCCACAAGAACGACCACUGAUGCAAGGACCAAGGACACGUCCACGAAAGCCUAUUAGGUGUGGAGAGGUACUAUUUGCAGUGGGUGGCUGGUGUAGUGGGGACGCCAUCUCUAGUGUAGAGCGAUAUGAUCCACAGACCAAUGAGUGGAGAAUGGUAGCAUCAAUGAGCAAACGCCGCUGUGGAGUGGGAGUCAGUGUUCUUGAUGACCUUUUGUAUGCAGUAGGAGGCCAUGAUGGAUCCUCUUAUCUGAACAGUGUUGAAAGAUAUGACCCAAAAACAAAUCAGUGGAGCAGUGAUGUGGCUCCUACCAGCACCUGCAGGACUAGCGUUGGAGUAGCAGUUCUUGGAGGGUAUCUGUAUGCUGUGGGUGGACAAGAUGGCGUCUCUUGUCUCAAUAUUGUUGAGAGAUAUGACCCAAAGGAGAAUAAGUGGACUCGAGUAGCUUCCAUGAGCACCAGGAGGCUCGGAGUAGCAGUGGCUGUAUUAGGAGGAUUUUUAUAUGCUGUGGGUGGUUCUGAUGGGACAUCUCCACUCAAUACAGUGGAGCGCUACAACCCCCAGGAAAAUCGCUGGCACACAAUAGCCCCUAUGGGGACUCGUCGGAAACACCUCGGCUGUGCAGUGUAUCAAGACAUGAUCUAUGCUGUAGGAGGCAGGGAUGACACCACCGAGCUCAGCAGUGCUGAGAGAUACAACCCUAGAACCAACCAGUGGUCUCCAGUGGUGGCCAUGACAUCCCGCCGAAGUGGAGUCGGCCUUGCAGUAGUAAACGGACAACUUAUGGCAGUAGGAGGUUUUGAUGGUACAACAUAUUUGAAGACAAUUGAAGUCUUUGACCCUGAUGCUAACACAUGGAGGUUAUAUGGUGGUAUGAAUUAUCGUCGGCUAGGGGGUGGUGUAGGUGUGAUUAAAAUGACACAUUGUGAGUCUCACAUAUGGUAAGCGUCUGUGAGGAAACCCCAUGGUUCUCAUUCACAUAUAUGCCUGUGUGUCUAGUGGAAAAGACUCGUUGACUUUGGAGCUGUGUGAGGUUUUGAAAACAGAUCAAAUUUUAUUCUUUGCCGGUGCCUCAAUGUGGAAAUAUAAAUCCAGUGACUUUUCUGAAAGAGCAGCUAUUGGAAACUGCAUUGGCUGGACUCUUCUCAACACGUUGAAGCUUCGCUUGUAUUUUAAUUUUUUAAAUACCAAUAUGCUUUUUGAGCAAAAAACCUUCAGAGCACUCCAGCAUAAGCAAGACCCCAGAACUAAGAGAUGUGUUGGGAGUCUGGCAAAGGGAACAAGUUGCCUCUUCCAAGAUGAAAUGAAAUGGUUUCUCACAUAGUGGAAACUGUAGUGUGGAGUGGGCAAAAGUGGAAAAUGAUACUGAAAACAUUACUUUUGCCUUAUUUACAGAAAGCUUCAGAAAAAAGUACUUGACCUACAAGAUGCCACCUUUGCACAAAAGUUUUUGACAAUGUGCAGAAGAAUAUUUAUUUUUUGUUUUCAUCUGUUAAAUGUCUUUACAUGUUUUCAUCUGUUACGUGUCUGUUUUUCUUUGUACUCAUCACCAAAAGAAGAAAAAAAAAGGUAAACAACAAAACCCAUAAUUGUUAUUUUAAAGUAAUUGACUUUGAAAAAUGCUCAUUUGGGAAGUAAGACUAUAUAUAACCUAUUUUUUUCAGGGUAUUCCAAUUCCAAAACUAUAUAUGAUGGAUCAGCUCCUAAGGAUCAGCAAUUAUAAAAAAGUUAUCUAAAAUAUGUUAGUCAGCCUUCUUACUAAAGUACCACAUGACUUGAAAGUCAUUAAAAAACAAACAACUCUUAGCUCACUUCUAAACAUGAAGUCAAAAAGGAAUGUCAAUUCAAUAAAAAGAAGUCGAGACUCUCAAAUGCUGCAGUUUUCUUCAGUGACAACUUGAUUCUUGUUUUCCUAUAUGAAUUUGUUCAUUGACUGAUUUUAUUACAGUCUUUUUAAAACAAUGUUCCUCUUGGGUUUUUCUGCUAGAACUAGAGCUCUGCUCAGUGCCUCUAAAAUGCCAGUAGGGUACCCUCCCAUACUGCCUGGAGAACCCUGCAACUCUGCAAGAGUUCUUGCUCAAAAGCAUUGCAGACUGAAGCAACUUUGUUUUCUAUUUCCUUAUUGCUACUUUGGACCAGCAAGGAGAGGUGAUAUCUCCCCCUCAGUGGACACUGUUAUGCAAGUCCUUCCACUUAAGUGUGUAGGCGAGGCCUGCUGCGACAAGAUGGGAUUCUACAAUCCGUGUAACAAGAAUCCAUGUUAGUGAGCAGAAACCAAUUAAAGCGUCUAACAAUAUUUUGUUUGUUGUGUAAAGCUAUAUUCCGUUGCCUUCAUCCUCGCUGGUGAAGAGCUAACUAAGCAUGUAAGGUUACUGAAAAGGAAAAGCAAUGUUAAAAAACCCUCAUUUCUUCUGGGGUUUUUUUCCUUGUUUCCUUAUUCAUGUGCUUGAUAUGAAAGUCUUGGAAUAAGACUUAUGUGAUGACAACAAAAAUGAAUGACCAUCCCUUUUUUCCCCCCAACAGAAAUGGUUGGCAAUUCUUGUGUUUACAUUCAAAAAUCAUUUGCACCUUUACAAGAAAAAAAAGUAUUUGGUAAACAGUUGUUUACAUGUAUCAUUUAUGCUUUUUCUAGCAUGAGUAACUUGUUUAAAAAAUAGUGUUUACCUUAAUAAAUUUCUUUAAUGCUA